AUGGAGCUUGAUCCCCUUCCCAGCGCGCAGCACGUCCGGCUUUUUCAGCUUGAGACAAGCACUUCUCAUUCUACUCCCGCCAUUUCUGUCCAAAUCUUCACGCUAGAUAAAUGCCCUCCAUUCGAGGCCAUAUCCUUCACAUGGGAGGGAUCAAAGGCCAAUGGGAAGGAUUGGGACGGGGAGGUCUUAUGGAACGGCCAAUCCAAGGGUAUCCCGAAAAGCUUGAUGCAAUGUCUAUUGCAACUACGAGGCGAACGUAAAGCAGAUCCUCUCUACUGGGCUUUUACCAUCAGUCUCGACCGGCACUUGGAUAGGGAUGUCUUUCGCCCAGUCGCUGAUAUCGCUCCUGUGUUUGCAAAGGCAUCCCGGACCAUUUGCUGGCUAGGAACCCCAUCACCGCCGUCGCUGGGCGCAUCUGCGUUCGAUUUGAUACCGACAUUGUGCCAGGCUCGUCGGGCGGUGCUGAAGGAUGUUGCAUCCCCCAAGAAGAUGCAGAGCUGUGGAUUCGACAAGGUAGAUCCAAUUUCCAUAUUAGGAGAAUACCAGCGCCUGACCAACUCUGUGCGGCCAGAAGCAUGGCAGAGUAUGGAGGAACUUCUUAGGAUGCGCUUCUUCUCAAGGUCAUGGAUCCUCAUGGAAAUCCUCAGUGCUCAACAGCUCGUCGUACAAUGUGGAUCAGCGCAAGUUCCUUGGGAUGACCUGUGCUUCGCUUUAGAAGCCUGCGAUCUCUACAAAUGCCCUUCUCCGAUCAAAUCGGACGGGCUGCAGAUGCUCCUUGCUGCACAAGCUGCCCGACGCCUUUUGAGCAUCAGACCAUCCCGAGCGAGGCGGCUGGUGGGGAUUUUUGCUGCGCUCGAUACUCCUGGGGUGGAUGCGGAAAAUCCGCAAGACAAGAUCCUGGGGGCCAAUUCCAUCGUCCGAGUGAAAUCCACCCUCAGAGCAAGAUAUGGAGGCAGGUCGGCGGAUGAUGUCAGCAGUACCAAUACUUUGAAUGCAUUCAACAUAGCCUCUCAAAUCCUCAACGCCAUUUUGGAGAGGCCCUUUACACUUUCUCUGGCCAGAAGCGCCGACCCGGCACUCAACCCCAACUGGCCAUCGUGGAUACCGAACUGGGGUGUUCCUAGGCAGCGCUACUUACUCGAUUCGCCGGCCGAGUGUUUCAGGGCCUCAACGGUCGAGCAGCGGAACAUGCCCUUUCUUGCUGGUUCCCGACUGAGAUUUGCGGGUCUCGCUGUCGGCACCGUCCGUGCAACCGCUGGCUAUCUCCCCCCUCGCCGCCACUGCGACCACUACACGGCGAGCGGAGGGAAUUCCAUCUUCUUGGGGCAGUGGUUCGAAUGGGCUGAAGAGGUCUCAUCCCGUCUUCGACCUAUCUUCCCCUCGCGCGAUCCGGAUAGAACACUACUAGAAUUUGUAGAGACAAUCCAAGCUAAGGGCUGCGACUGGAAGUUUGCAACUGCCAUGCCGGUCGAGCAUGAAAGAUACCUUGCGCAGGCGCGGAAGUUCCUUGAUUUUCUCGAAGAUGAGGACAUUGAGGAAACCUACGACAUCAAGCUAUUUUACGCCGCCUGCUAUCCCUCUCACGACCGUACGUUUGGCAUCACUUCCAACGGACGAUUCUGUCUCCUUCCAAAAGGCGCCAAGGCGGGUGACGUGAUAUGCAUACCCCACGGAAACAAGGUGCCCGUGGUGCUCCGGAAUAAGGGGGAUUAUUACCACAAUCUCGGUGAGAGCUACGUCCAUGGAUUGAUGUAUGGAGAGGCGUAUGCCAUAGUUGGGUUAGAAACGCAGCGUUUUGUGAUCCGGUGA